AUGGCAGAGCCCACCGAAGCAACCGCGUCCGCACCUCCUGCUGAGGCUGAAGAGAAGGGCCCCUCCAAGCGUGCUCUCGAGAAAGCAGCGAAGAAAGCAGCCGCAAAGGCUAAGAAGGCGGAGCAUGCCCUGCGACCCAAAGAGCCGUCGAAACCUGCAGAGAAGAAGCCUGCGAACGCCGAACCUACUAACGUCUUCUCCGAAGGCUGGUUGAAGCGUGUCUACGAAGAAAAGCCCGUAAAAGAUGUCAGAUCGCGAUUCCCGCCAGAGCCCAACGGCUAUCUCCACAUCGGCCACUGCAAAGCCAUCGCAGUCAAUUUUGGCUUUGCGCGACACCAUAAGGGUGUUUGCUUCCUCAGAUACGACGACACAAACCCCGAGAAGGAGGAAGAGCAGUACUUCACAAGCAUCCUGGACAUCAUCAAGUGGCUCGGUUUUGAGCCGUACAAGAUCACCUAUAGCAGCGACAAUUUCGACAAGCUUUACGAAUUGGCGGAGCAGCUGAUCGAGAAGGACGGUGCUUAUGUAUGCCAUUGCUCGCGUGAGGAAGUCAACAUGCAGCGUGGUGGACCCGACAAUCGCGGAGCCCGAUAUGCAUGCGAGCACCGCACACGACCAAUCGCGGAAAGCAUCGCUGAGUUCCGGGCCAUGCGCGAUGGCAAAUACAAGGCUGGGGAAGCAUAUUUGCGCAUGAAGCAGAGUCUAACGGACCCCAACGAGGGCAACCCUCAAAUGUGGGACCUGCCAGCCUACCGAGUGAUCGAGAAAAACCACCACCACCGGACUGGCGAGAAGUGGAGAAUCUACCCCACGUACGACUUCACACACUGCAUAUGCGAUGCACUGGAGGAUAUCACACACUCGCUGUGCACAACCGAGUUCCAGCAGUCGCGCAUUUCAUACGAUUGGCUAUUGGAGCAACUGGACAUGAAGACUCCCAAAUCGGAAGAGAAGGGACCUAUGCAAAGAGAGUAUGGGCGACUGAACCUCGGAGGCACGAUCCUGUCAAAGCGCCGCAUCUUGAUGCUUGUUGAAGGUACAACCGCAGAGAAGAAGAAUGCAGAUGGCACAGUCGAGAAGAGGACCAUACCUCCUUCGGUCCGAGGCUGGGAUGAUCCUCGCUUGUAUACACUUGUCGCUCUCCGUCGUCGCGGCAUACCAGCCAAGGCCUUGUUGAACUUCGUUGAGGAACUCGGCGUGAAUGAUGCACUCACCGAGAUCCAGCCCCCGCGGUUAGAGUCUUCCAUCCGCAAGCACCUUGAGCGCACUGUUGCUCGCCAGAUGCUUGUACUAGACCCCAUCAAGGUUGUCAUUGAGGACUUCGCAGCAGAGGAUGACCAGGAAAUCACCGUACCAUAUGACCCGAAGGGCACUAUCCCUGGAGAGCGAAAGGUCAAGCUCGGAAAGGAGGCGUACAUUGACCGCAGUGAUUUCCGAGAAGAAGAUGACCCCAACUACUUCCGUCUCGCACCCAACAAGGUUGUAGGUCUCUACAACGUUCCCUUCUCGAUUCGCGCGACGUCUUACUCAAAGGACGAGAACGGCAAAGUCACAGAAAUCAAGGCUGUCAAGGCGACUGGCGAGAAGCCCAAGACAUACAUCCAGUGGGUAGAUGCUGCCACAGCCGUUCCUGUAAAGGCUCGCCAGUACAACUCUCUCUUCAAAUCAGAAUCGCCCAAUGCACUUGACUGGAAGACUGGUGGCUGGGCUGAUGACUUGAACCCAGAAUCCGAGGUCAUAUUUGAGAACGCCGUCAUUGAAGCUGGCAUCAAGGGUCUUCUCAAGGAGCACACAUUGAACCCGAGCGGGUCAUCGGACGAUCUCAUCCGUUUCCAGGCCCUGCGCACAGCAUACUUCUGUGUUGAUGUAGAUUCCACAGAGGACAAGAUUGUUCUGAACCAGAUUGUUACUUUGAGGGAAGACAAGGCGAAAUAA